AUGAAGGAAAACGCUGUACUUAAGUGGCAAAAAGUGUACAAUCCCAGCGGCCCUCAACCGCGACCCCGCCAUGGUCAUCGCGCGGUUGCCAUUAAAGAUUUGAUGAUUGUCUUUGGCGGCGGAAAUGAAGGGAUUGUUCAUGAGCUUCACGUCUUCAACACCUCAACAAAUCAAUGGUUUGUACCUGUCACUAAAGGAGAAGUGCCCCCGGGCUGCGCCGCCUAUGGAUUCGUUGUCGAUGGAACGCGCCUUCUGGUUUUUGGCGGCAUGGUGGAGUACGGCAAGUAUUCUAAUGAUCUGUACGAGCUACAAGCUUCACGGUGGGAAUGGAAACGUCUCAAACCUUUGCCACCAAAGCAAGGGUUGCCACCUUGUCCUAGACUCGGACAUAGUUUCACUCUAUUAAAUGGUAAAGUUUAUUUGUUUGGUGGUUUAGCUAAUGAAAGUGAUGACCCCAAGAACAAUAUACCAAGAUACCUAAACGAUUUAUAUACACUGGAGUUGUACCCGAGUUCAUCAAUGACUGUGUGGGAUAUACCUCUUACAUAUGGUCAAUCACCACCACCACGGGAAUCGCAUAGUGGAGUUGCAUAUACUGAUAAAAAUUCUGGAAAAUCUUCGCUUAUAAUUUAUGGAGGAAUGAGUGGGUCGCGACUUGGAGACUUGUGGGUGCUGGAUGUGGAUAGCAUGUCAUGGUCCCGACCAGAAUUAGGUGGCCCAGCUCCAUUACCCCGCUCACUACAUACCGCAACUGUUAUAGGUCAUCAUAUGUAUGUCUAUGGUGGUUGGGUUCCACUUGUUCCAGAUGAAUCUAAACUAGCCACACAUGAAAAGGAAUGGAAAUGUACUAAUACACUUGCUUCUCUUAAUUUGGAGACUAUGACAUGGGAUAACAUUGCUUUAGAUAAAUUUGAGGAAUGUGUUCCCAGGGCUAGAGCUGGCCAUAGUGCAGUAGCCAUACAGACCAGGCUUUACAUUUGGUCUGGCAGAGAUGGUUACAGGAAAACUUGGAAUAAUCAAAUAUGCUGUAAAGAUCUUUGGUACCUAGAAGUAGGUGUGCCUCCACAAGCAGGUCGAGUAGCUCUUGUUCGUGCAGGAACUACGUCCUUGGAGCUAUGUUGGCCCGGUAUGAGCACCGUAACUACAUAUCUUCUCCAAGUUCAAAAAUGCGGCAAGGUUACGCCAGCUCGUUUCCCAGCUGCAGCUGAACCUGUGGCAGCCCCUCCGCCUGCUUCUCCUGUUGCUUCACAACCUGAUGCUGCCAAAGCAUUUGGAUUAACUUUGCCAGUAACAACGGGUCUCCCUCCUAUACCUGCUGAGCUACCAGUGCGGCCAGUUGCAGCUACUGUUUCUCCUGCUCCUUCGCCCAUUGCUGCUAAUUCUCAAAAGAUUGUUUCUGGUGCUAUAAAAGUUCCUGCUCAAUCAGCCGCUGUCAAGAUUUCUCCAAAUACUCCAACACUAAAGCAUUCAUCAUACCAAGGAAAAACUGUAGUGAAGUCACCUGCUGCUGGUUCAUCAUCGCAACAAAUCAAGGUGGCUGCAGUCACACCACAAGGUGUUACGAGAAUCGUAAGUGGUGUAGCAACACCGGGCACGGUAAGAGUGUCGACCGCACAAUCGAACGCACAGAUUGUUUUGGGAACGACCACUGGCGCAUCAGGGACGCCCCGCUUCGUUCAAGUGAAGACUGGCACAAGUGCGGGAGUGCCGGUUAAACUAGGCACCGGCAACGUACCCGUUAAACUUGCAGGAAAUGCAGUACCCCUAAAGAUAGGGGCAGCUAAUAUACAGGGCAAAAUAGCAACAAAUACUGUACAAAAAUUAGGACAAGUUACGACGUCCAAUAUGCCAUUGAAACUUGGAGCGGGCAACGUCAAAAUCGGCACUAGCAACGUGCUUGUUAAGACAGCUGGGGGAGUACCAAUUCAAGCUGGAGUCGCAAAUUUACAAACAAAAGUUGCUACCGGCAUGCCUGUCAAGUUAGGCGCAGGUAACUUGCCAGUUAUUGGCAGCAGUGGUGGUGCUAUACAAAUAGCAGGCAAUGCUAUUGCUGGCCAACAGGUUAAAACACCAGUUUACAAGAUAGUCACAGCUAAAUCUAAUGAUCAGGUUACAACAAGUGCAGGUGCUGCCACAGGAGCAACAGUCCUCCGGCAGGCGGGUGGCAAUGCGGGCAUACCUGUUAUAAUCAAGAAGACACCCGGUGCUGGUAAUCAAGCAUCUUCAACUCCACAGUAUGUUACACUUGUAAAGACGUCAACAGGUAUGACAGUUGCGACAAUGCCAAAAAUGGCGAUGAUGCAGAAUCGCUCUGCAGUGCCAGUGAGCGCAGCGCAGGCGCAGGGUAUUGCACAGGGUGCCACGAUCGUAAAACUUGUAUCAGCAAAUACUGUAGGUGGCAACAAAAUUAUUACACUGCCCUCAAAUAUGUUACAGUUGGGUAAAUCAGGGGUUGGUGGCAAACAGACAAUCGUGAUUACAAAAUCAGCAGGGCAGGCAACGCAGCCCGGCCAGUCUCAG